CUGUACAAUGGAAAACAGUUCUUGCUUGGGACAAGAAGGAGGUUCUUUACGGAACAUGUGGUGAAGAACCCUUAUUUUUAGAGCAGGAGGUGCCGCAGUUCAGGAGGAGACGGAGUGUCUGGCUCUCCCUGUGCUCAGGGGUUACUCCGUCCUCUGUGCGCGCGGUUCGUGGUGUGUUUGUUGACUGUGUGUGAGACAGAGGGACACCGGAGACCCUCCAGCCUCGUCUAGGCGUCAGCUCCGCUCUGCGCGCGCAUUCGACUAGGAGAACCGUGUCCUUUCUUCUUCUUCUUCUUCUUCUGCUUAUUAUUAUUAUUAUUAUUAUCAGCGCACAGCAGCGGGAUCACGAUGCUGCUUCUUAUUGUUCUUCUUACACUGAGCUUCGCGCCCGGGAAAAGUUUUCCGUCCUACAGAUACGACGACGUGGAUGAUGAAGACCUGGCCGCGUUGGAUGACUACCGCGCGGAGGAGUUGGAGGAGAGGAGCGCGAGCGCGAGCGUGUGCGAGCAGUGCGUCCCGGAGCUGUGUCCGCCGGCGCAGGGCUGCAGGGCCGGGCUCGUGCGCGACUCGUGCGGCUGCUGCCUCGAAUGCGGGAGCCUGGAGGGACAGCCGUGCGACCCCGGAGACACAAACGUCUACUACGGUCUCUGUGGAGAGGGACUGGAGUGUAAGACCGACGGAGAGACGCAGGAGCCGCAGUGCGUGUGCGCGUCUCAGGACCCCGUGUGCGGAUCAGACGCUCAGACUUACACCAACCUCUGCAGCUUCAGAGAAGCCGCGUUCUCCACUCCGGGACUGAACUCCAGCCGCGGGCCGUGCACGACCGUUCCUGUCAUCAAAGUCCCUCCACGUAACUUGGUGAACGUGACCGGCAGCAGUGCAGUGUUCCUGUGCGAGGUCUUUGCCUUCCCCAUGGCGCUGGUGGAGUGGAGGAAAGACGGAAAGGAGGUUGUUUUGCCUGGAGACGAUCCUCAUAUAUCCGUCCAGUCCAGAGGAGGUCCUCAGAAAUACGAGCUCUCCAGCUGGCUGCAGAUCGAGGACGCGACUCGGGAAGAUUCGGGGACCUACAGAUGCAUCGCCAAGAACGAGCUGGGAAACGUCUCGGCCACGGCGGUGCUGGGGAUUCUGCCACCGGACGAGAUGUCGGCCUAUUUGGAAGAACGCGUGAAGGAGCUGACGGGGUACGAUCCGAUCAGAGACUACGACGGAGACUAUUACUGACUAUUAGCGCAAAAGACUCGAGAAACCCUUCUUGAAGACGAAAGCCGCCUGCCGUGUCCGCGGGAGACCUGACAUCUGGACCCCCGACCCGCUCAGAACCCGGAGAGGAACACGACGCAGCACGCUGACAUGAAAGGAAAACACACCACACACUAGACCUCGACAAAGCCAAGAGCCACCCUGAUGGAUGCAGAGCGUCCCAGAUGGAGGCUUUAAUCGGAAGGAUGAAGAUGUCUUUUGUUUGAACUGCGGCUCUUUAUAUUUCCUCUUGUGAUGUAGGCCGUAAACUCAGAGAACGUUCCAGACGCACUGGAGCGCUCUGCUCUAAUUUCAUUCUCGAUAGAUCCCUUUCUCGAGUCUCUACAUUUUUCCAUAUGAGUUCACGGGUGCUCGAGUCCCAGACGAGGGCGGAGCUUCGUCCACAGCUGGUUUUCUUUAAGAGCUUCUGUCUUAAAGCCCGAGCACAGACAUCCCAUUUUAUAUAUAUAUAUCUAUAUAUCUAUAUAUCUAUAUUUUAAUAAGGUGCGCGCACUCAUCGUAAAAACCCGAGCUACUCUGGACUGAAUACUGACAUACUUUCACAUACUUUCACAUACUUUCACAUUCACCCUAUUUCCUCUCUUCAGCUGAGUCCUUACAUGACCACUCUCACGUGAGAAAGCUGUGGAAAGCGAGAUCUUUGAGGGUUUCUUUUUGGUUUUAUUAUUUGAUUCACACUCGAUAUCGGUCGAUUUAUUAUCAUGUGUAUGUUUUUCAAUAUCUUGCUUGGUUUUUAAGUACUUAUGUAUACUUAUAUUUAUAUAACGAGGCCAUUUUGACGGCGUUUGGCAGACGCUGUUAUCCAGAGCGACUUACAGUUAUCUCCUUUAUUCAUUAGAGGGGUUGAGGGAUAAGGGCCUGGACCAAGGGCCCAACACUGGCAGUGUGAACUCACGACCUUCUGAUCAGUGGCCCAACACCCUGACCUCUGAGUUCCCCUGCCCGACAUCCAGGAACCUUCCGUGUCCGUGUCGGUGUAACUACACUGCGGUAUUUUCAGCAGCGCAUUUACAAGUUGUUUUAUACCUUACCCUUGUUUUUAUUUACAAUAAAACACACUCAAAAAC